GUCAUAUCCGGCUGGAAUGGCAGCAGGAGUCUGAUGUCGAUUCCUGCGCAGUGCUCCUGGGAGGCUUCGGGUGCUCUGAUUGCAGCCGCCUAGGGUCAUCAUGUCAAAACGGAAAGUCACAUUUGAAGACCAAGGUGAUGAUGAUGAAGAGGAGAUGAUCCUCCCAAAGAAAAAGCUGGUAGAACCUGCUAUUGGAGGGCCAGGCAGCCGCUUUAAGGGCAAGCAUUCAUUGGACAGCGAUGAGGAAGAUGAGGAGGAAGAUGAAGGGCAGGGUAGUAAAUAUGACAUCCUUGCAUCAGACGAUGUGGAAGGGCAGGAAUCUGCCACUAUUGACUAUGAAGAUGGUAUCCGGAUCACCCCUUUCAAUUUGCAAGAGGAGAUGGAAGAAGGUCAUUUUGAUUCAGAAGGCAAUUAUUUCUUGAAAAAAGAGGCAGUGAUUCGGGACAAUUGGUUGGACAACAUAGAUUGGGUCAAGAUAAAGGAACAGCCUCCCGGUCAGAAGAAAUCCCUCAAGUCUGCAGAUAAUGACGAAGAAGAUGAAGAUGAUGAAGAUCUUGAGGUGGGCCGGACACCUCUGGAGAAGAAGGAACUGCUGGAAAGGAUGGUAGACUUAAUGUUACCUGGUGAGACAGUAGCUAGAGCCAUUCAAAGGUUCGGAGACAAGGGUGGCCCGAAAAGUAGUGGACGUCAGCGGAGGCCCUGGACCCGCCUCAAAGUAGAUGAAGAUCCAGCUGAGGAAGAUGAUCCCCAGAAGCCAGGGUCACCUGAGCGGAAAGAGCAGCUGGAACAGCUGUCAGGGCUGGCUGACCAAAUGGUGGCGCGAGGAGUUUAUGAAAUCUAUCAGGAAACCCGGGAGAAGUUGGCCGUGAGACUCCGGGCGUUACAGCACCCUCCUGCAGCACCUUCCUCUGGUGAACCAGAACUCGACAUGUUUGCUGAGGAAAUCGACGAAGCCAAACUAGGAGAGAAGACAUCAUCAGGAAGUCAGGCACAUGGGGAGAGUGAUGACAACAUACUCUCUGAGGUGAUGUGGGAGUAUAAGUGGGAAAACACAAACACAUCUGAACUUUACGGACCCUUCAGCAGCUCUCAGAUGCAGGACUGGGUAUCCCAAGGCUAUUUCCCUGACGGGGUUUACUGCCGGAAGGUGGAUAAUUCCGAGGGCCAGUUCUACAAUUCCAGGCGGAUUGAUUUUGAUCUCUACACAUGAUCGGAACCCACCUCCGGUCCUGCCAAG